AUGCCUUCCACCGGUGUUACCAUCACCAACCCCUUGGUGCUCUAUCGCAGUCUCAUUGCUACACAGAAGAUCCGACCUGAUCCUGCGCAGCAUCGCCUGGCAUUACAUUUACAGAAGCUCUACGACCGUUUGAUUGACUAUGAACCGAGUGUAGAGUAUUCCAAGAGACUCCAACAACUUACCAGAGCUGUCGAUGCGGGUCAAAAUGCAUCAUCAUCGGAUACGCAUGUCAACCGUUUCGGUAGAAGAGGCGUUUGGACAUCUCUUCUUGCGCAAAAAGACAAAAGAGACUCUGUAGCAUUGACGCGCGUCCUAACCAGCCACGAUGAAGCCAUGCAACUGCAAAGUCCACAAGGUCUCAUGCUACACGGCGAGGUCGGAACGGGGAAAUCCAUGCUCAUAGACCUGUUCCAAGACUGCCUACCAAACCGCAAGAAGCGACGCUGGCAUUUCAAUACCUUCAUGCUCGACACCAUCUCGCGUCUCGAGCAACUCCGCAUGUCGAGAUCGCUAGUCGCUGGCCCGGGAGCUACUCACGAUGAGUAUUCCCUACUACUGGUCGCACGCGACCUCAUUGAGAAGUCUCCCAUCCUCUUCCUGGACGAAUUCCAACUCCCAGAUCGUGCGGCUAGCAAGAUUUUGUCUAAUCUCAUGACGUCCUUCUUCCAGCUUGGAGGCGUCCUUAUUGCGACUAGCAACCGUAUGCCGGAAGAGCUAGCCAAAGCCGCAGGCAUGGAGUUUUCGCACCCAGUAAACCGGCUCAGUCGCCUGGGAUGGAGUAUGAGUAAGAGCACGUAUACACGUAGAGACGAUGGAGCUGGCCAGAUGGGAGAGUUCGCUGCGUUCUUGGAGGUUCUAAGGGCCCGGUGCGAGGUCUGGGAGAUGGAGGGGAAGAAGGACUACCGGAAGAUUGAGAGAGAGGAAGAGGAGGGGAGGAGGGAUAGUGUGCAGAUGCCUGCAUCCGAAGCUCUCGCCAGCACCACGUCAACUUCAACUCCAGUAGCUGGGGCGACAGGUACCGCAGAACUCUCCGACGCACCAACAGAUUCGACCACCCCGUCAACCUACCUCCCGAAGAACUACCUCAUUCAGCCCACUACGGCCGAAACCAUGAUCGAAUUCGGAGAAUCUUUCAACACCAUUGUCGAAUCCGCAACCAACCACUCCUAUCCCAUCCCCUGGGAACCCGCAACACUAGCCGUGUACAACCGGCCCUUAGAGAUCCCCGCGCAAUACAACGGCGUAGCAUUCUUCACCUUCGCGGAACUAUGCGGCGCAGUUCUCGGCCCCGCAGACUACAUCACACUGGCAUCCACCUACCACACGUUCAUCGUAACCGACGUGCCAGUCAUGGGUCUGCUAAUGAAAAGCGAAGCACGACGUUUCAUCACACUCCUCGACGCCAUGUACGAAGCCCGCUGCAGACUAAUAAUCACCGCAGCCGCCGGCCCGGACGGAAUCUUCUUCCCCGCCAAAAUCCCCUCCUCUGCAUCCAGCGAACCAGGCCAAGAGACCCUAGACUCCGACGCCGUGUACCCAGAAACCUAUUCGGAAAUCUACCAAGAUCUCAACUCGCCCUUCCGACCAAACAUUUCUUCCUACUCUUCCGACACGCUGUCUGAAGACGCACUCGAAGACGACCCGCCGAACCGGUCUCGCCAGGCGGGCACGUCCUUCACGGACGAACGCAAGUUUGGGCCUGGCAGCCCUGACUUUGCGAAUAUAGGGGGUUUGACGGGUGAGGAUGAGAAGUUUGCGGUUAAGAGGGCCGAGAGUCGGAUUUGGGAAAUGUGUUCGAGGAAGUGGUGGGAGAGGUUUGCUGCUGCUGCUUCGUCUGCAUCGGCGACGGGUAUGGAAAGUGGAGACGGGACCGGUUGGUGGAGGCCGUUGCCGGUGGAGUCGAGACAUUGGGAGAAACCUUUUUCUGCUAUUACAUCUCGUCCUGCUCCUGCUGCUACUCCUGCGCCGGCCCCAGAUUCGCUACCGCCGAAUACGAAGAUCCUGUCUAGAGAGGAGUUGGAAAAAGAUCGACAGAGGGAAAUGGAGGAUAUGUUCAAGCAUGGGGCGAGUCCGUUCCGGACGCAUCCUGAUGCGCCGCCGAAGUUUAGCUGGACGCAUGCUUGGGGUAUGAUGACGUGGGGGAAGAAGGCUGGGGCUUGGGGAAAGGGUGUUGAGGGAUUGAAGGAGAGGAAGGAUGGAGAUGAAGUGGAUAGUGAAGGAGGGAAAGAGGCUGGCGAGGUAGAGGAGAAGAAGAGGGAGUGA